CAAGGGAUCCAGCCCGCAGCGACAGGCACAAAGUCACGGGGUAAUGAACUUCGGGGACCCUAUGCCGCCGCGAGCGCGGCUCUCCCCGGAAACCAGGACGUGGCCGCCUGUUCCUUCGGAAGACUUCCCAGCAAUCUAGUUUUCCCACUCAGCGCUCGGGUUUGGGCAACGCCGAGCCCAUCUGCCUGAGACUGCAGUAGUGUUUUCCUUAGAAGACCAGCAGUCUGUAAAGAUCAGUCCACACUGCAUGCCUAAUAUAGAGGGAGAAAUUGAAGACUGAGAGACAGGAAUGGGGAAAGAGAGGAAUUUUGCCCUUUUUGCUCCGUAGAAAGACCAUUUUCUUGUCUCCAUCUCUGUCCUUCAAUACCCCUCUCUUGUUCUCUCUCUCUCUCUUCUUCCUCGAUCUGUCUGUCCAUCUCUGCAUUUGUCUGUCCAUGCGUGUGUCCAUAUCAAGCAACAUUCUCAGCAGCUGCGGUUUUGCAAGAACCGGGAAGAAACUUAAGAAUGCUUAAAUUUCCACUGUGGAACGAAUUCUGAGCCACCAGGGAGCAGCGCAGCGCGCGACAGACACCCACCUGUCUGGCCCGGGAGCCUCGCAGGCUGGAGGGCGGCUGGGGAGCGGCGGAGCCCGGCCGCGAGGCGGACGCUGUCGGCCGGGACUCGAGCAGCGCCCACCAACCGCUCCGCCCCGGGACCGCCAGCAUGAGCAAGCCGGCCGGAUCAACAAGCCGCAUUUUAGAUAUCCCCUGUAAAGUAUGUGGCGACCGCAGCUCGGGCAAACACUACGGGGUCUACGCCUGCGACGGCUGCUCUGGGUUUUUCAAACGGAGUAUCCGAAGGAAUAGGACGUACGUCUGCAAAUCUGGAAACCAGGGAGGCUGCCCAGUGGACAAGACGCACAGAAACCAGUGCAGGGCCUGUCGGCUCAAGAAGUGUUUGGAAGUCAACAUGAACAAAGAUGCCGUGCAGCACGAACGGGGGCCUCGAACGUCCACCAUCCGCAAGCAGGUGGCCCUCUACUUCCGUGGACACAAGGAGGAGAACGGGGCGGCCGCGCACUUCCCCUCGGCAGCGCUGCCCGCUCCGGCCUUCUUCACCGCUGUCACGCAACUGGAGCCGCAUGGCCUAGAGCUGGCCGCGGUGUCGGCCACUCCCGAGCGGCAGACCCUCGUGAGCCUGGCUCAGCCCACGCCCAAGUACCCCCAUGAAGUCAAUGGGACCCCAAUGUAUCUUUAUGAAGUGGCCACAGAGUCAGUGUGUGAAUCAGCUGCCAGGCUUCUGUUUAUGAGCAUCAAGUGGGCUAAGAGUGUACCAGCUUUCUCCACCCUGUCUUUGCAAGACCAGCUGAUGCUUUUGGAAGAUGCUUGGAGAGAACUGUUUGUUCUAGGAAUAGCACAAUGGGCCAUUCCGGUUGAUGCUAACACUCUACUGGCUGUAUCUGGCAUGAAUGGUGACAACACAGAUUCCCAGAAGCUGAACAAGAUCAUAUCUGAAAUACAGGCUUUACAAGAGGUGGUGGCUCGGUUUAGACAACUCCGGUUAGAUGCUACUGAAUUUGCCUGUCUAAAAUGCAUCGUCACUUUCAAAGCUGUUCCUACACACAGUGGUUCUGAACUGAGAAGUUUCCGGAAUGCUGCUGCCAUUGCAGCUCUUCAAGACGAGGCUCAGCUAACGCUCAACAGCUACAUCCAUACCAGAUAUCCCACUCAACCCUGUCGCUUUGGAAAACUUCUGUUGCUUUUGCCAGCUUUACGUUCUAUUAGCCCAUCAACCAUAGAAGAGGUGUUUUUCAAAAAAACCAUUGGCAACGUGCCAAUUACAAGACUGCUUUCAGAUAUGUACAAAUCCAGUGAUAUCUAAGUUCUUCAAGUCCCCACCUCUCAGUACGGGGCAGUAUCUGAUGAACUUCUACCCGUGGAGAACAAGCCUCAACUAACAAACCCUUUGGGAAGCAUACCUCUGGGGGUGUGGAGCCUUCAGGAGAAAAUGUCCAUUGACACACAACAGUUCCAGUAGCUUUGACCUCACCCAGGGUAGGGCCGCCUGGAAGGAAAGGAGCUGUGACAGGCUGGCCUGAGCAGAGGACUGGCUGCUGCCGUGCUCUGGCGGGGCCAGGGGGAGGGUUGCCACGGGCCGUGCCUCUCUGCCUCUCAGCUGGAAGAUCCGUCUGAACUAUCACACGCUGAAACACACGUAGAACUUUCUUUGCCUUCUUAGCAUAUAAAGUUGGGUAACCAAAUAUAGCUCUGUGUAUAACACCAUGCAGCAGCCUUGAGAACUGUCUUAUGAUGGAGACUUUAUUUUAAAAAUAAUAGCGAGGUUUAAAAUCAAAAGUUUUAUGAAAAGUUUCCCUUCUAUUGUAAUACAUCAUU